CAGUGGCGAGGCUCCCCGGGAGCUGGGGCCGGGAUGGAGCCGGGGCGGCGGGACUCGCUGGCGCUGCUCACCGACCUCUACCAGUUCACCAUGGCCUACGGCUACUGGCGGGCGGGGCGGCAGCGGGAGCCGGCCGAGUUCGAGCUCUUCUUCCGCCGCUGCCCCUUUCGGGGGGGCUUCGCCCUGAGCGCGGGGCUGGGCGAGUGCCUGGCCUUCCUGCGGGCCUUCCGCCUCCGCGAGCCGGAAAUCGAGUACCUGCAGUCGGUCCUGCCCAGCACUGUGGAAAAGGCUUUCUUCGAUUACUUGCGCACCGUGGAUGCCUCCGAAGUCACCAUCUCCUCUGUGCCGGAGGGCUCCAUCGUCUUCGCCACGGUUCCGCUAUUGCAAGUGAAGGGGCCGCUGCUGGUGGUGCAGAUCCUGGAGACCACGCUGCUGUGUCUGGUCAACUACGCCAGCCUUGUGGCCACUAACGCUGCCCGGUUCCGCAUGCUUGCUGGCCCAGACAAGAAGCUGCUGGAGUUCGGGCUGCGACGUGCCCAGGGCCCGGAUGGGGGCCUUUCUGCAUCCAAGUACUCCUACAUAGGGGGCUUCGAUGGGACCAGCAACGUGCUGGCAGGGAAGCUGUAUGGGGUUCCGGUGCGGGGAACCGUGGCCCAUUCCUACAUCAUGUCCUUCUCGUCGCUGGCGGAGGUGCAGCCCCGGACCCUGAAGCCCCUGGACGGAGAUGAGCCGGUGGAUUUCCUGCCCCUUGCUGAGUCGUGGCUGAGGCGAGUGUGCCAGACGCUGCGGGUCCCCCACGACAGAGUGAACCACGGGGAGCUGGCUGCCUUCGUGUCGUACGCCAUCGCCUUCCCCCACAACUUCCAAGGGCUGGUGGACACUUACUCCGUCAUGGGGAGUGGCAUCCCAAACUUCUGCGCCGUGGCGCUGGCGUUGAACCAGCUGGGAUACCGCACGAUAGGGAUUCGCGUGGACAGCGGAGACCUCGGCAAGCAGGCGAGGGAGAUUCGCCAGGUGCUCCGGACCUGCAGUGCCGACUUCCAGGUUCCCUGGUUUGCGACCAUCCCCAUUGCUGUGAGCAAUGACAUCAGUGAAAGGAACCUGGAGGAGUUAAUGCAGGAGGGGAAUGAAAUUGACAUGAUCGGAAUUGGGACCAAUCUGGUGACGUGCCCGCUGCAGCCCUCCCUGGACUGUGUUUACAAGCUAGUGAAGGUGAAUGGCUGCCCCAAGCUGAAGCUGACUGAAGACGAAGAGAAGAUGACCAUCCCGGGGAGCAAGGUGGUGUACAGGCUCUCUGAUGCCACUGGUCUUGCCUUUAUGGAUCUCAUGGCAUUGGAGGAGGAGCCCCCACCCAGGGCAGGGCAGGAAGUGGCUGUCCGCCUGCUGGGGAGGAGUGAGGAGGCCAGGAGGGUGACUCCCAUGGCCGUGGAAAUCCUGCACCGCACUUACUUUAAAGAUGGACAGCAGGUUUGCCAGGCUCUUCCCGGCCUGCUGGAAAUCAAGAGCCACGCGCACGCCUCUUUGAGCCUGCUCAGCCCUGCGCACAAGAGACUCCAGGACCCGGAGCCUUACCAGGUUGCUGUGACCGAGAAACUGCACUUUCUCCUCAGUGACCUGCGUCGAUCCAGCCGGUGAGCUGCCCUGCCUGCAUCGUCCUGUCCAGCAGCAAACUGCACCUAUGCAAGCCCAAAUUAACCUGCACAAAGACCUGGCCGCUAUUAGGGCCUGGGUGUUUCUGUUUAAUUGUCUAAUUCUUUUUGAAUGAUGGUUUUGCUGUGCAGGGCAGUAGCUACAGGGCAGUCCAGCUCCAACAGGUAUGGCAAACAUCCCCAAACAGGACCUGCGCAGACGGGAAGCAGAUUUUUCUGAUCCGAUUUGAAAUGCAAGGGGAGGCGUUGAUGGGGGCAGAGAUCCAGCAAGGCUCUGCCUAGUUUUACUCUACUAACAAUGGGGCUUACGUGUUGGGAUCUGCAGCUGUCCUCGGGUGCUGUUCUUCCGCUGUCUCUACCGUGUGUUUUGGAAAGGCGUAUCUCCUUAUGUUGUCCCUCUCAGAGUUUUUCUGUGAAAACGACACUUUCCUCAAUAGACCUGAUCGCUGCGUGUCUUUGGAGUCGCACCUUCUGACUUUAAUGCCUAAAAUAAGGGGGUGUUUGUAGUGCAGAGCCAUCCCAGCUAUGGGAGAAUGAGCUGGAUUCUAUUCUGGGCUCAUGCGUCAUGAACAGAAUUGUUUAAGAAACAGCAGAUUCAUCCUAAGCAGAAUCAAACUCUCAUCACAGACAUUGAUUAGGAAAUUCUCUGCUUAAAGUCUAGGGCUAUUAAUUCUCUUUAGCUUAUAGCUAAUUUGUAGGCUCUCAGUAAUUGUAUCGGAUCAGGACUUGUUCUGUAUCCUGGCCAAUGGUGGCCAGUGCCAGCUGCUUCAGAGGAGGUACAAGAAACCCCAUGGGCUGCAUCUAAACUGGGGAAAUUUAUGAUCUAAUCCUGAAAUGAGCUGUGGCCAGGGGGCUCCCAGUGGGGUUCUGCACAGAGCUCCUUGCAGGAGCAGCAGUUUAAUCUUCAGUUGUAAGUUUAAGAAUACAAACCGACCUCUUACAGAUGGAUCUUUGAGUAUGACUCAAACCCGUUAUUUCUCCCAAUCCCGCUUUGUCUGCAGAUCCCAGGAGAGGUCUUGCAGGGUCUUCAGAAACGCAAGUACAGUGUAAACGGCAUAGAGGCAAGUGAUUGGAGCCCCACAAUCUGCUUUGUGGCGCUUUCAUGAAAUCACUCUCUAAACAUGUGAUGGAAACGCUUCCCCUGCAGCAGUUGACAAACCAUUAAAUGUUUGGAUUGCAAAGGCCCCGUUGUGCUGCACAAAAGAAGGAGAGAUGUGGCCCCUGCUCUGAAGAACGUACCCAAAGUUAGUGUGUGAAAGCUAGUGUGUGAAACCAGAAAGAGAGAGAAAUGAACCGGUUAGCUUGUUUUCACUGUCCAGGUUGAGAGAAGUACAAAAGGUAAAAGACUUUUGAAUAGUGAGGGUAACUGACCAUCAUGGAUGAGGUGGAUUCUCUGUUACUUGGAGUCUUUAAAUCAAGGCUGAAUGGCUUUCUAGAAGUUGUAGCACAACCAAAAGCUCUGGGCUGGCUGCGGGAAUCUCUGCGUCAGGGUCUGUGACCUGUGCUAUGCAAGAAGUCAGACUAGAUGAUCGUAAUGGCCUCUUGUGGCCUUCAAAUCUAUGGAUCUUUGAACGUUUCUUUACAUUUUUAUCCUCUCAGGUGCGUUUAAUAGCACAGAGGUCGGUUUGUUUUCAGAAUCGUAUUUGUAACCUGACUCUUGUAUUGAAAAGUUAUUCCCAACUUUCUGGGGCAGUGUCUGUUCAACAGCAGAGAUCAAACUUAGCGUCUUCGUCGCUUCCCUGGAACAUUCACGCACAUUCUGGAUGAAGAGUUUCCUCUUAAGAAAAGAAAACACCACUUGCCUUAAACCGAAUACAUGUUAAAAAUAACAGAUCUGCCCCCUGCCCUAGGGGAACAGAGGCUGGUUCUCUCCAGUCCCACACGGGGGAGAAGUCGGAAUCUGCUGGUUUUAGAUGUCUUUCCCAACAUUCAGUUUAAUGAAGAUAGCAAUGGGUGCAGCAGGGGGUUGGCUGGAGGAGAGGGUCGGCCAGUUUGAUGUUUGUUCUCUGUGGAGUAGCGACGGCAGUAACAUCUCUGUAAAGAACCCAGGAAUCGCGUGGCCCUGCUGUGGGGUUUGUAAUGGCUCUGUGACACUCUCCUUAGGGAGCCCAGGACUGUAAGCCACGCUUGUAUCCUUCUGCUUCUUGGCUGGAGCUUAACCUGUGUGACAGCCCCUGCCACACCGGUCUGUCCACCUCUCCAGCAAACACCUAUAGUCUAAACCAUGCCUCGCAGGUACCAUUCAGUGAAUGCUCUCCUCCACCUUCACACUCUCUCUCUUUCACUGGGCUGGGUUAGGGGUUUGGGAGGGCGGGUGGGCUCUGGCCUGGGGCUAAGCAGUGUGAGAGGGGGCUCUGGGCUGAGCCUGGGGCAGGGAAUGGAAGUGCAAGCUCUGGGAGGGAGUUUGGGUGCAGGAGGAGGCUCUGGGCUGGGGCAGAGUGUUGGGGUGUAGGAGGGGGUACAGAGUGCUGGCUCUGGGAGGGGGAGUCAGAGCUGGGGCUUGGGGUGCAGGAGGUAUGGGGUGCUGGCUCCGGGGGAGGGUCAGGGGGUUGGGGUGCAGAAGGGGGUUUGGGGUGCUGGCUCCCGGAGGGGGAUGGGGAUUAGGGUGCGGCCUCCUGCCGGGCAGCAUUUACCUCCGGUGGCCCCUGGAUGGUGGCACAGCGUGGCUGCUGCUAAGGCAGACUCCCUGCCUACCCCAGCCCCACACCGCUCCUGGAAGGGGCCAACAUGCCCCUGCGGCCCCGGAGGGGGGUGGGGGGGAAUGUGGCUCCGCUUGCUGCCACUCUGCAAGCACUGCCCCUGCAGCUCCCAUUGGCCACAGCUCCCUGUUCCUGGCCAAUAGGAGCUGUGGGGGUGGUGCUUGCAGGCAGGAGCAGCAUGCGGAAGGAGGCCCCCCGCUCCCGGGGGCCAUGCUGCCUGCUUCUGGGAGCAGCGUGGGGCCGGGGCAGGCAGGGAGCCUGCCUUAGCAGCAGCCACGCUGCACCACCGGAGAUGGCAAUCGACUGGGAGAGCCUCUAGGAUCGACCACCACUGGGCUAGAGGGUCCAACAUUCACAGAAGCAGAGGGUGCUGACCCCUAUAUCCCUGAGGGUAUGUCUCCACUUGGCAUAUGAGGCUUGGGCUUAAGAGGCUGUUUAAUUGUGGUGUAGAUGUUCGGGCUGGAGCCUGAGCUCUAGGACCCUCCCUGCUUGCAGGGCCCCAGCCAGAGCCUGAACGUCUACACUGCAAUUAAACAGCCCCUUAGCCUGUUGAAUGACCAUGUAGACAUGCCCUCAGUGCUGGAUAACGAAGGGUUCUCCUCCCUUAUAGUCUGGUAGCCCUUUGAAAUGUGUCGUUUGAAGUGUAUCCCUAGAUAACAUUAGUCUCCCCUGCUGGUGGGCAGAUGCCAUGCUGCCUUCCUCAGUCUCUUGUGAAUUAGCUCUUUCGAUUGGUUUGAUCACGGUGUUUACUGUAGAUGUACUUUCCUUGUCUCUGGCUUAUGAACUUAACCCUGGCAGACGGGUACAUCCACAUUCCCUUGUCUAGGACAAACGUGUUUAUUUGCUCUACUCAGAUUGCUUGGUCUGACCCUGUGUUAGGAUAAUGUUUCCAGCACAUGUACAUACCUCUUUACACACAAGUGCUGGGGCUGGAGCACCCCCCCUCUGGCUUGAAAUGGUUUCCAUCAUAUCCAGGGUUUACACUUUGGUUCAGUGGCCAGCAUGUCACCACUUCUCAUAUGAUACCUUACGAGGCGCGCGUUGGCUAAAUAUUCUGACAACACUGUGUUGGGUGCACCCUUUGCCAGUUGGCUGUUAGGGUCACAGGUUCCUGUUUGACUCUUCACUGUUUACAAUGCACUCAGCCACUGGAAAAUAAAAUCUCCUUCCUUAUUG